AUGGCUUGUACUAAUUGCGGCGGAAAUGGUGUAGAGUAUGAUACAGCAGCUGGUCAUGCAUUUUGUACAACUUGUGGUUUUGUGGCAGAAGAAAGUAAAAUAGUAUCAGAAGUAACAUUUGGUGAAAGCUCUUCUGGUGCUGCAAUUUUACAAGGUUCUUAUGUAGGCGCAGACCAACGAAGAGCAAAAACAGUUGGACCAUAUCGACGUCAUUCACGUGUUGACUCAAGAGAACAAACCAUAUCAAAUGCAUUAAGACUUUCUGAUCAUUUAAUGGAAGCAGCACAACGUUAUUUUAAUCUUGCAAUAACAAACAAUUUUAUACAAGGUCGUAAAACAGAACAUGUAGUGGCAGCCUGCCUCUAUAUUGUAUGUCGUUCCGAAAGGACCAGUCACAUGUUGAUAGAUUUUUCUGAUAUAUUACAAGUUAAUGUCUUCACACUUGGAUCAACAUUUUUGAAAUUAGUUAGGCAUCUUCAUAUCGUAUUGCCACUUAUAGAUCCAUCACUUUAUAUUUCAAGAUUUGCUUCAAUGUUGGAAUUUGGUGAAGAGACACCGCGUGUUGUUGCCGAUGCUCUAAGGCUUGUACAGAGAAUGGAUAGAGAUUGGUUACAAACUGGUAGAAGACCUGCUGGUUUAUUAAUUGCUGCACGUAUGAAUAAUUUUCGUAGAAGUAUUAGAGAAGUUAUAGCAGUAGUAAAAAUAGCAGACGAGUUUAAAAUAACGCCUUCUGGUAAACUUUCUGUACAACAAUUUAGAAAUCUUUGGCUUGAACAAGAAUGCGAUCCGCCUGCAUUUAAACGUGCGCAAAAUUUAGCUAAACUUGCUAAAAAAAUCAAAGAAUCAAAUACUUCAGAGUUAGUGUCAUUGGAUAGUCCACCACAACUACCAGAAACGUCAUCACAAAAUGAUAAUGUUGAACAAAAUGAUUCUAACAGGGAUGAUGUGGCUAGUCAAAGAGAAAACGAUAAUGAUAAUAUUAACUAUGGCGAUUUUUCAGAACAAGAAGAUCAAGUAGAAGAUUUCAAUAGUAAUGAUAAUGAAGAGAUUGAUCGUGAAUUAGAAGAAGAAAUAUCAUAUUAUUUGGAUAAGAAUAAUAAUGGCGAAAUUAAUUCUGAUGUUGAUGAUGAUGAAAUUAAUAAUAUAUUGUUGAGUGAAGAGGAAGUUAGAAAGAAAACUGAGGUAUGGAUGGAGUUGAAUCAAGAAUUUUUACAAGAACUUGAAGAAAAACAAAAAAAACAGGAAUUGAGUCGUCAGAAUGGUGGUGGUGUUAGUACGCGAAGAAAACGUCAAAAGAAAGGCAAAAAUUCUGAGCAGCCUGUAGCUAAUACACCUGCAGAAGCUGCUAGAAGGCUUUUUGAAGAAAGAAAUCUUUCAAAAAAGAUAAAUUUUGACGUAUUAGAUUCAUUAUUAGAUAAUAUGACAGAUAGUAGUAGUGUACCAAAUACUCCUUCAUCAUGGCGCGAUUAUGAUCCAUCUAGUAUAAGUGGAUCAGGAAUUUCACGAUCAAGAGUUAAUUAG